AUGUUUGGCCACCUCAAGUUGCGGCAGUCUUUCAACAGAUCAUUGACUUCAACGAUUCUGCUUAUAGCUGUCUCUCAAUUCAAUUUUGGCUUUGAUCAACAAGGCUUCAACUCAACCCAGGCGAUGGACGCUUUCGAGCGGCAAUUCGGCUGGUAUAAUGCCAAGACGAAAGCGUACUACCUUGAAAGCUGGUGGCUUUCUCUUUUCGCUGGCAUUCUGAUUGGGAGCACAGUCAGUAAACGAUACGGCCGGCGAAUGUGCAUGUUCUCGAUGAGCAUCUGGUCUUGUGUGGCGACGAAAAUAAUCAUGACGUCCAGAAACCGGGAUCAGAUUCUCGCUGCUAGGAUAUUGGCCUACAUCUACAUCGGCAUGGAGCUCGCUGUCGUGCCCAUCGACCAGUCGGAAAUAACCCCACAGCGAGCUCGUGGUUUCGUAGUCGGUACAUACCAACUGAGCUUAGCAGUACGUCGCCAUGACGAAGCACUGAUAGCUCUCACUCGUCUCCGCCAAGGCAGCUUCACAAAUGAGCAAAUCGCGACCGAAAUGUCUCAAAUUCGCGCUGGUAUAGAUCACGAAGUCGAAAAGGGUACUUUCAUGGACAUGUUCAAGGGCAAGCAAGUGACGAAGCGAACCAUGUCAGUCAUUGGUGCCAGCUUCUUUCUACAAGCUACGGGGUCAAUCUUUGCUUCUGUCUAUGGCGCCAUUUUCGUCGAACAGCUAGGGUUCAUCAACCCUUUCACUGUCACCAUGAUUACCUUGAGCAUCAACAUUGUCAUGUGUGUCUGCUCCAUGGUCCUAUUGGAUAAGUUAGGACGGAGAAACGUCAUCUUCUUCGGCGGGUCGAUUCAGGCUGUCGGUCUCUUCGCCAUGGGCGCUCUCGGACUCACGUUCAAUCCGAGCGUCGCCGGCAAGUCAGCCAUUGUCGCGAUGAUGAUUGUGAUGACUACGGGGUUCACUCUCGGAUGGGCAUCAACAUCGCAUGUCCUCUCUGCCGAGAUUCCGAGCAUGCGCCUCCGCGACGUUACGUAUCAGACGGCCAGCGUCGUCAACAUUGCAAUGCAAUUCACCGUCGCUUUUACGCUACCGUAUUUGCUCAACGCCCCGUACGCGAACCUGGGGUCCAAAGUUGGUCUGAUCUUCGGCACAAUAAGCUUUCUCUCACUCGUGUUUGUCUACCUCUGCGUGCCAGAGUGCAAGGGCCGCACACUCGAAGAGAUCCCGAUGCGGAAAUUCCAGAGCAAAGUUCUUCCAACCGACGUUCGCCAGCAAGGACUUGGCAAAGUAGACGAGGAAGUAGCUUCGGAGGUGACAAUGUCGUCAGGGCCCAAGAGACAGCGUGAAGAUUGA